GUGUGAUGUCCCGAGCGGCGAUUGGCUCUCAUCUGCUGGGGGGCUUCUCUCCACCGGACUCGGGACUCCCGGGAAGUGGACUGGCAGGAGAGGGGGCCAGCUUGCGUCGCUCCGGCCCCCGCACGAGACCCCGGCGUGAGGCGGUCUUUCAGGGCCCGGUGGGCUGGCGAGCCGACGCGGCGCCGGCGAGACAGCGAGGAGUGUGUUGGACAGGGGCCGGCAUAGAGGCUGGCACAGAGAAACCAUGGCCCCGCAAAACCUGGGCACCUUCUGCCUGUUGCUGCUGUACCUCAUCGGGACCGUGAUCGCCGGGAGAGAUUUCUAUAAGAUCUUGGGGGUGCCUCGCAGUGCCUCUAUAAAAGAUAUUAAAAAGGCCUACAGGAAACUGGCCCUUCAGCUUCAUCCUGACCGGAACCCUGAUGAUCCACGAGCCCAGGAGAAAUUCCAGGAUCUGGGUGCUGCUUAUGAGGUUCUGUCAGAUAGUGAGAAACGGAAACAGUAUGAUACUUACGGUGAAGAGGGAUUAAAAGAGGGUCAUCAGAGCUCCCAUGGAGACAUUUUCUCACACUUCUUUGGAGAUUUUGGUUUCAUGUUUGGAGGAACCCCUCGACAGCAAGACAGAAAUAUUCCCAGAGGAAGUGAUAUUAUUGUAGAUCUAGAAGUCACUUUGGAAGAAGUAUAUGCAGGAAAUUUUGUGGAAGUAGUUAGAAACAAACCUGUGGCAAGACAGGCUCCUGGCAAACGAAAAUGCAACUGUCGGCAAGAGAUGCGGACCACCCAGCUGGGCCCAGGGCGCUUCCAGAUGACCCAGGAGGUGGUCUGCGAUGAGUGCCCUAAUGUCAAACUAGUGAAUGAGGAACGAACACUGGAGGUAGAAAUAGAGCCUGGGGUGAGAGAUGCCAUGGAGUAUCCCUUCAUUGGAGAAGGUGAGCCUCAUGUGGACGGAGAACCAGGAGACUUACGGUUCCGAAUCAAAGUUGUCAAGCAUCCAAUAUUUGAAAGGAGAGGAGAUGAUUUAUACACAAAUGUGACAAUCUCACUAGUUGAGUCUCUGGUGGGCUUUGAUAUGGAUAUUACUCACUUGGAUGGUCACAAGGUACAUAUUUCCCGGGAUAAGAUCACUAGACCAGGAGCCAAGCUAUGGAAGAAAGGGGAAGGGCUCCCCAACUUUGACAACAACAACAUCAAGGGCUCUUUGAUAAUCACUUUUGAUGUGGAUUUUCCGAAAGAACAGUUAACAGAGGAAGCAAGAGAAGGUAUCAAACAGCUACUGAAACAGGGAUCAGUGCAGAAGGUAUACAAUGGACUGCAAGGAUAUUAAGAGUGAAUAAAAUUGGACUUUGUUUAAAAUAAGUGAAUCAGCGAUAUUUAUUAUCUGCGAGAUUUUUUUGAGUUUGUUUUGUUUUUAUUUUCAAUAUGCAAGUUUGGUUUAAUUUUUUUCUUCUAAUGAUCGUCAUGAAAUGAAUAAGAAGGCUUAGGAAUUUGUCCAUUUUUGUUCAGAAAAGAAUGACCAGCAAAAGGUUUAAUAAUACCUCUCCCUUUGGGGAUUUAAUGUCUGGUGCUGCCACCCAAGUUUCAAGAAUUAAAGCUGCAACAGGACUCCAGGAGCAAAAGAAACACAAUAUAAAGGGUUGGAGUUAAUUGGUAGCUAUUUCAUUGAAAAUACCAACUGGAGAAGUCUGUUUUUAAAUACAUUUUGUUGUUAAUUUUUCUUGA